AUAUGUAAAAAAAUGAAAAAGGAAAUUUAAUUUUGAGGGCUGUUCGUUAUUUUUCAAGUCUCACAAACAAGGGAGUCAAGAAGCGUUUGGGUGAUGAGAGAUGAAGUUGAUCGUUGCUUGACGUUUAAAUUUCCUGCUUUAGUUUAAGAAAAGCGUGUUCGUUUGUUCAUUCAUACGCCAAUUCCAUUUCUGAUCCGUCGAAAGCGAGAGAAAAUUGCAGUUUCAGUCGUUUCCAUUCACUCACCUCUUACAUCUGUUUCGGUUUAGUAAGUGGGUACUGCGAACUUGAAGAGUUCAUCCUUCCAUAAACACCAGCUUCAACAUGGAUCCAAAUGGCAAAAUUGACCAGACAGUGCAACUAGUGAAAUCGGUCUCUGAUAAGCAUCUUGAUCUUUUGAGACCAUCUGCCCGAAUUUGUUCAAUAUUCAAAGGCCAAGGAAAAGAUGCUUCAGACCAUAUAAGGAGCAAGUACACACUUCUCAGAGAUGUAGAGGAUUCUCAAGUAGGGCUAUAUGACAAGCCUCUCCCGUGUUUUGGCUGUGGCAUCGGAUGGUUUUCUUUCCUCCUCGGGUUUUUUUUCCCACUAAUGUGGUACUAUGCCACAAUUCUCUACUUCUGGAACGCCCGCAGAGAUCCAAGGGAACGAGCGGGAUUAGCUGCGUCUGCCAUCGCUGCACUUGCAUGUUCAAUCAUCUUGUUAGUCGUCGUAGCUGUUCUCCUGUGAUAGCCCCUUCGUUACCACAGUUGAAACUGCAUUCUUAAUCUCUGCCCCUUCAGCCUUGCCAAUUCAGUUUCAAUCUGAACAGGUUUCGUGGAUGUGCGAAAGGGUUCUGUUGCGCGACUUUGGUGAUUUCUACUACUUUUCUGUGCAAGAAAAAAAAAAAGAAAAAAAAAAGAAAUGCAAAUGUUUGUAAAUCAUAUAUGCGUAUGUUUGCCACCUCUUUCAAAAGAGAGUUGUCGCAUUUGUAAUACACAAAGGUAAUACAUAAUUUUAGAUCCUUUAUACUUUUUUAGUCCAAA